AACUUGAUCUUCUACAAUAACGUCUGAACUUCAGUAGCGGGCGAUGACCGUGCGUGAUUGUUGAGGCCACUGAGACCUUUGCAAAGGGAGAGAGCCGAAGUUGCCCAGCGGCGGGCACGCCGCUGGCCGCGAGCUCCGCAGAGCGGUGCUCGGGUCUCCUGCUUUUUCGGGGUAGCGAGCGGGGAAAGGCAUCAGACCCGCACGGCGGCGGAGCCACGCUCUGGCUGACCCCUUUUCUCUUAAAUGGAGAAUAACAUCCAGUUAUUCUCGGUGACCUUUCCCCAAUACUAGUGGCAUCCUCUCUAGAAUUUUCCCAGGAGAUCUUUUGGGAGAAACGCUAUGGAAGUCCUCCGUCCACAGCUUAUAAAAAUUGAGGGGCGUGUUUACAGGAAGAACUUCAUGCAGGAGCAGACCUAUCAGCAGGAAGAUGAAGAUGAAGAUUACUAUGGAGAGCCCAUGGAGUAUUCAGAAGAGCUCAGUGAUUCGUGUGUGGUGGAGCAGACAGAGAGAGGCUUCCAGUGUGCAGUGGCGGUCCCUAGUGCCCUCUUCAAAUAUAUAAUUGGGAAGAAAGGUGAAACCAGAAAGAAACUAGAAAUGGAAACUCGAACUUCUAUUAACAUUCCUAAACCUGGAAUGGAAGGAGAAAUUGUAAUCACAGGCCAGCAACGAGGUGGUGUCAUCUCAGCAAAAACACGAAUUGAUGUCCUCGUGGAGAGUUUCCGAAGAAAACAGCCUUUCACUCACUUCAUUUCUUUCUCCCUCAACCAACCUGAAGUUCAGGAAGGGUUCUUGAAGUUCCAGGAGAAAGUCUUAGAGAAGUGCUCAAUGGAUCGUGGGGUCAGCAGUUGCCUUUUCCAAAAUCCAGCAAAACUUCAUCUAACUAUUGGAACUCUAGUACUUCUCAAUGAUCAAGAAAUCCAGUGGGCAUGUGAACUCCUGAAGCAAUGUAAAGAAGAGUUUAUCAACAAAAUUGCUGGAGGUAAACCCCUGUUAGCAGAGAUGGUGGGGAUAGAAUACAUGAAUGAUGAUCCUGGCAUGAUGGAUGUUCUUUAUGCUAAAGUCCACAUGAAAGAUGGCUCUGACCGACUACAGUUGAUAGCUGAUCAGCUGGUAGAAAGGUUUGUGUUGUCUGGAUUGAUGAUAAAGGAAUGGGACAGAGUGAAACUCCAUGCUACAGUCAUGAACACUCUAUUCAGGAAAGAUCCCACAGCUGAAGACAGGAACAAUGCCCUUGCAGGUAAAUCUGGUCUUCGUGAAAGAGAAUCAUUUGAUGGCCGAAAUAUAUUAAAGCUUUUUGAAAACUUCAGCUUUGGGGAGCUGUGCCUUAAUUCGAUUCACAUCUCUCAGAGGUUUUCUACAGACAGUUCUGGAUACUACGCUUCCUCUGGGCAAGUGGAUUUCUCUUGAGAUCUUUGUUUUACCUAACCGCUUAAUGGAACUGCAGUCAAUGUAGCGGCUUUUAUUUCUCUCUUUUGGACAACAGCAGUGAAAACAUUGAUGAUAUCAGCAGGACUGUGCUAAGUUCCCUGGGAGAAUGUCAGUGCCAGAACCUGUUCACUUCUUGCUGCAGACCAGUGGAGGGAAGAGUAUUUACAAUUCUGGCAUUAUCUCAUUUCAGCAGUUAAUUUGGUUUUCUCUUUUCACCCCUUUCCUCACUCCAAAUCCCUUUCCUUUUAUUUUUUGUCUCAGGGUAACUCAGAAGUUUGGGAGCUAUAUUUGAGGUGAAUAAUCGAGGCCUUCUCAAGUCUUUCCCUUUUCUCCUUCCCUCUUUUCUUCCCCCUUUCCUCCAAAGUCCAAGUACUCAUUUUUUUAACAAGAUCAUUUGACCACAUAAGGAAUGCUUCUUGAGUCUUAUAAUGUAAUUCUUUAGCUCAUUUGUGAAUAAAUUAAUUUCUAAAACUAAA